AUGCAUACCAUAUCUGCUAAUUCUACUAUUCGACUUAUCGAUGGUAAUCGAAUACCUAUUGUUGGCCUUGGACUGUAUGAAGCAGAACCUAGUGUCCGGACAGUUCGUCUUGUUAGAUCAGCAGCCAUUAUGGGUUAUCGUCUGUUUGAUACAGCUGAAAUAUAUGAAAAUGAACUUGAAACUGGAUUAGGUUUGAAAAAAUCACGGAUUCCACGUGAACAAUUAUUUGUUACCAGUAAAGUUUUUACAACAGACGGUGGACGUCGACAUAUAUUAGAUUCAGUACGAGAAAGUCUUUUUCGUCUUAAGGUUGAGUAUAUUGAUCUUUAUUUAAUACAUGCUCCACAGGGUGGUAAUGUUCUUGAAGCUUAUGAUGCAUUACAUGAACUUCGAAGUUUAGGUCGAAUACGUUCAGUUGGAGUUAGUAAUUUUGGUAUUUCACAUUUAGAAGUUAUACGACGUACUGGUCGUCCAUUACCAUCUGUUAAUCAAAUUGAAUUACAUCCAUUUAAUCAACAACGAGCAAUUGUUAAUUAUUGUCGACGAUAUGGUAUUGCAUUAAUGGCUUAUUCGCCAUUAGCACGUGGAGCAGCAUUAGAUGAUCCAUUUGUACUUCAACUUGCAAAAAAAUAUCGACGAACACCAGCACAAAUUUUAAUACGAUGGUCCAUACAAAAUGGUUUUAUUUCCAUACCAAAGACAAGUCAUUCAAGUCGUUUACAAGAAAAUUUUAGAGUAUUUGAUUUUCGUUUAAGUAAAAAUGAUAUGCGACAAUUAACUGAUUAUGGUUAUCAAAAUCAAGCUUCAUCUGGAUGGGAUCCAUCAAAUCAAAGUACACUUCAAUUUGGUGCUAUUUAUUAG